AUGGCUUCUGCAGACCUGGUCGUCGGCAUCGAUCUCGGCACGACGUGCUCGCGCGACGGUGUGUGGCGCAAUGAGGACGUGGAGAUUAUCCCUAACGGAGACGGUGCAUACUCGACACCGUCGUAUGUGGCGUUCACAGACACUGCGUUGCUGACCGGCAACGCUGCCAAACGCCAACCGACAAGGAACGCUGAGAACACAGUCUUUAAUAUCCAUCAACUGAUCGGCCGGAAGUUUUCGGACCCUGCACUGCAACUAAGCAUCCGAUACUGGCCAUUUAAGGUGGAGUGCGGGCCAAAAGAUACUGCACAAGUGGUGGUGCAGUACAAGGGCGAGACCAAGAGAUUCCAGCCGAUCGAGAUCGUGGCUAUACUGCUGUGUGAAAUGAGGAAGAUGGCCGAGAUCUACCUGGACCAAGAGGUGACGAAGGCUGUGCUAACAGUACCCGGUAGCUUCAACUACUUCCAGCGCCAGGCGAUGUAG